UUCUUACCCAAAGUUUUCAUUUUUAAUAUGUUUUUUUUUUUCCAUACCUAACAAAAAAAUAUGUUUUUUUUCCCACAAAAGACACUAUAUGUUUUUUCCCAUAAAGACACUAUUUUUUAAUAACUAAAACUAACCAACCUCCUUUGUUCUCCUCUCGUCUUUUCUGAGCUAUAACUAUAAAGACUCCAUUUUUCGAAAACAAAACACACUCACUCACACACCCUCUUCUCUCAGUACUUCAAUUCAAUUCAAUUCAAUUUGUCAUCUUUUCCCUCUUAAACCCUAAAACCCUAGCGGUGAAUUUCAUCUCUCUCCAUGGCCACCAUCCAACCCUUGCCCCAAUCUCUUCGUACUUCACUGCGUUCUGGAAUCAUUCUUUUUGACACCGCCACUGUGGUCGAAGAGCUCGUUUUUAACAGCCUCGACGCUGCUGCUUCAAUGGUAUCAGUUUUUGUAGGCGUUGGGACCUCUUAUAUCAAAGUGGUAGAUGAUGGAUCAGGCAUCCCACGAGAUGAUUUGGUGCUUUUGGGAGAAAGAUAUGCAACAUCGAAGUUUGAUCAUUUGGUUGAUAAGGAUGCUGAAUGUAAGAGCUUUGGCUUUCGAGGAGAAGCACUGGCUUCAAUUUCUGAUGUAUCCUUGUUAGAAGUUGUAACAAAAGCUUCUGGGAGGCCUAAUGGAUACCGCAAAGUCAUGAAGGGAAGCAAGUGUUUGUAUCUCGGAAUACACGAUGAUAGGAAGGAUGUGGGAACAACAGUUGUUGUUCGCGAUUUAUUUUACAACCAACCAAUUCGGAGGAAGUAUAUUCAAUCAAGCCCUAAGAAGGUCUUGCAAUCAAUCAAGAAAUGCGUACAGAGAAUUUCCCUUGUGCACUCAAAAGUAUCCUUUAAAGUUGUUGAUAUAGAAAGUGAGGAUGUACUUCUCUACACACUACCUUCUUCUCCCUUGUCCCUAUUGACCACUUGUUUUGGGACUGACAUCUCGACCUCUCUUCAUGAAUUGAAAAGUAGUAGUGGCAAAGUUAAGCUUUCUGGAUACAUAUCUUCCCCUUGUGACAAUUUGAGCGUCAAGGUCUUUCAAUAUGUCUAUAUUAACUCACGGUAUGUGUGCAAAGGGCCAAUCCAGAAAUUGGUGAAUCAAUUGGCAGCUAGAUUUCAAUGUUCCAACCAAGGAAAAACUGUUAAUAAUUUCCAAACCAGAAAACGAAGCAGAGCUCAAAUAUAUCCUGCUUUUAUCUUGAACAUACGUUGCCCUCGGUCCUUUUAUGAUUUAACCUUUGAACCAUCAAAAACAUUUGUAGAGUUCAAGGAUUGGGUUCCUGUACUUACACUUCUCGAUGAGGCCAUUCAAGACUUGUGGAAGGAAAACAUUUCUGAUGUAGGGGGCAAAGAUAUAUCGUUGAAUGGAGACAGAAACGCCAUAUCUUUAGAGGACUUAGAUGAUGUUUUUUCAAGAAACUCUACAAUUGGGAAAAAGAAGGGGAGAAUCGAAAAUCCUGAGGACUCUCUUGACCCUAUUUCUUCUCAUUUGAAGAUGCCUAUCAAAGAGGUCAACCAUUUGUCUCAAAGGGAACAGAAUAUGAUUACAAAUAAAUGCUCACAUAUAUAUACUCAUUACUUCCAGGAGCAAGAAAAUGAGACGGAUUCUUUUCGUACUGACAAUUCUCUUCAGACAUGGGAUCAACCCAUUGCCCAAUGCAAGCCUAAAGUAUCUAAAAUCUACGAGUACCAGCCAUUUAUUUCUAAUAAUAGCUCUUUAUCGACGGAAGGUCAUUACCUGGUAGAUGAAUAUACUUCUGGAGAAAGACGCAGAGUUAGUGCAGAUGAUGUUAACUUUAGUUCUCCAUGGGGAAGGGAUUCCUUUGAAGUUAAUCUCGGGGUUAGCAGUGAACCUGCUGAUAGUUCAUUGUGUUGUGAUCAUCAAGAUUUCAAUGAUGAUGUAGCAGUGAGGAGGGAUGGGAAGAAACCUUUUCUGAAGAGUUGUUCCUCCAGAGGGAGCCUUCCACAAGAGAGGUCUUUGUGUACAGAUGAUGCUUGUAAGUUUAAAAGUGAUAGCUUUAAGAUCAACCAAAUGUUGAACUGGCCUUAUGACAGGGUUAAUAUUUCAGAAACUCGUGGCAGCAACCAGAAUUUUGAUUUCUUGUCAUGUCCUUUGCGGGAGGACAACAAAUCAAGAUUUCAGUCUUCUCCCACUGCAGAAAUUGGUAGUAUGCCAAGAUCUUCCCUAAGGUCAAUCCCACUUUAUGAUAAGCAUGCUGACUAUAAUGAUGGUUUCUUCUCUGAUUCGGUUAAAAAGGUAGAGACCAUUGGCUCUAGUCAUCUCAACUUGGACUCUGAAUGGUGCUCUUUGAGCUUAGAUUCCAUUUCCCAGGCCACACCUUGGGAUGUAGAUCAUUACCCUGAUUUCGACAUACUUGAAGAUGGUUGUAAAUCUGCUAGAACAGCUAGUGUAAAACAUUUUAUGGACAGAGAAGAAAAUGACUGCAGAUAUACUUAUGAUAUGCUGGAAAAGAGGUCCAGCCAAGAAAAGUGGAAUGCAAGUUGUUCAUACAGUGAAUUUGCAGAUGAUGAUUUGGGUGAAUUUCUUCAUAGACGCAAUUCUAAGAAUAAAUGCCCCCCUAAAUCGAUGAACAUAUUAACUAGUGAAACAGACUGGUUAAGUGAAGAAUCUCUUGGUAAAAACUACUUGAGUGGUGAAAUGUACAAAAGUCAAAGAGAUCAAAAUACUUGUGAGGAAAGUGAAAGGAAUUAUCAUUUUACCAAACGAAGAUCAAGAAGCCAUUCAGCUCCACCAUUUUGUAGAAGCAAGAGGAAGUUCUUGACCUUAAAUUAUCAUUCUGCAGGGAAAGAGGGCAAUGACCCAGCUUAUCCAGAAGGUCGUGAACGGUGGAAGCCUGUAGCUGUGGGGGAUUCAUUGUUAGACACCAGGCUAGAUUGGGUGAAUUUGCAAGACCUGAAGGAAGACUUAAUGGAGAUUAGAAGUGAUGAAAGGCAUGAACAGUCUGUUUGCUUCGACAUUCAAGAUGCUCCAUUUAAAGAAAAUGUUUCAAAUGAAUUUCAAGAUUCCCUGAAUUGUGGGAGCAAAUGGAGGAACAGCUGCCCAAAGACUGCUCACAAUAGGAAGUUGCAUGACAUCCAGAAUCAGAGUAGUAUUCUCGACAUCUCUUCUGGAUUGUUGCACCUUGCUGGCGACUCUUUAGUUCCCGAAUCAAUUAACAAAAACAGCCUUAAGGAAGCCAUUGUACUCCAACAGAUUGAUAAAAAGUACAUUCCGAUUGUGGCUGGAAAAACUCUUGCUGUUGUUGACCAGCACGCUGCAGAUGAACGGAUCCGAUUAGAGGAGUUGCGUCAGAAGGUCUUGUCUGGAGAAGCAAGGGAAAUUACUUUUCUGGAUGAAGAGAAAGAAUUGAUGCUGCCAGAGAUUGGACAUCAGUUACUGCAUAGCUAUGCCAAGGAAAUUAAAGAAUGGGGUUGGAUAUGUAACAUUCAUGCUCAGGACCCAAAAUCCUUUAACAGGAAUUUGAAUCUUCUCCACAACCGACCAACAGUUAUUAAGCUCGUUGCGGUACCAUGCAUCUUAGGUGUCAACUUGUCUGAUAUAGACCUCACUGAAUUUCUUCAGCAGCUGGCCGAUACAGAUGGAUCUUCAACAAUACCACCCUCUGUUCUUCGUGUCCUCAAUUCAAAAGCAUGUAGAGGUGCAAUUAUGUUUGGGGAUGCAUUGCUACAUUCGGAGUGUUCCCUUCUCAUUGAAGAGCUAAAGUAUACCUCACUUUGUUUCCAGUGUGCUCAUGGGCGGCCGACAACAGCCCCGCUUGUGAAUUUGGAGGUGUUGCAUAAGCAAAUAGCUAAGACUGCGCUGCUGACCGAUGAUUCCAAUGGGUUAUGGCAUGGCUUACGCCGACAUGAGCUCAGUGUUGAACGUGCAGAGCGGCGUUUAAUGUCAGCGUCUUAUUAGAGUAAAAGAGUUUGUUAUAUUAGUGAGGAAUUUGUUUGUAUCAAGCAAAUACAAAACGGCAUAGAACUAUCUUUAGAACUAUCGAUUUCACAUUUGAUGAAGUAUACUCUUUCACAAUCACAUAAUAAAUCUCUUUUUGGAAAGUUAUGCGACAUUUACAUCUUU